AUGGCCAUCACAUCCAUCCGACCAGCAACUGGCACCAGAUCGCGACGGUCUGCCGACAACACCAUAGGCCUCCGUUACGAAAAGACGGUCCAGGCAGAGCCUCCCAUCCCACUGCCUCCCAGAAGCACAUCUCGCAACACCAUUCGUACGCUGUCGAUACGAUCGUCAGCAUCGUCUCCCUCUCCCUCUUUGUACUCGGUGUCACUCUACUCGCCAAGUCUGGUGGUUGUUACGCCACCGCAGCUCUCAUUAUUGCCCAUUACGCCACCAACUGAGCAGCAUCCGGCAUUGAGGACGCCGGCACGCCAGGCAAAGCUCGCUCACGAGAGUUGGAAGAGAGACUCGGGGCUCGCGCCGACGCCGACCUCAGCAACCACUAUUUACGAAGAGGACUGCGAGGAAGAAGAGGCCAAGCAAGACGGCAAGCAGCUGGCAGACGCCCAAGACUCUGUCGGUGACAAGCCAACCAAAGUCGACGAGGUACCACGACAUCGUGUCCCACAAGUACAAGCACAAGCACAGCACGGAACAGCUGUCGGCCCAGUGGCGGCUGGUUGGCAGUGUUCGACAAGUGAGACAAAGUUUCAUCAACCAGCCGCGUCUGCGUCAUUUCCCUGCUUCGAAAAACCCAAUACCGCCGUCGCUCCGAGCCGUGCUCAACCUCAACCUCCCUCACCACCUCGCUCGUCGUUGUCGCCAGUGUCGCCAAAGAGGCAAAGCAUUCUCAAGCGCCUUAGCGUCUGCUCCUCUGCGUCGGCAAAGGGGAAAUUAGCCCUGCAAGCCCUGGCAAUUGACGAGGGAUCUGCUGCCGCAAACGCGCCAAUGCAGCCCCUGAUGCGGGGCUCGCAGCAAGCCUCCACUCAUAAGCAGCCACAACGGUCAACUGCAGAACAGUCGCCUCUUCCGCUACUGCAGAUACAGACACUAUCUCGCGACACUGCUUCUCCGGGCGACGUCAACGACCGCUUUGCGCCUCUGGGCAUCAGCAUCCCAACGCACAGCCUGCUCGAGGAUGAUUUUAUGGCCACGUUGUCCUUCUCGAACCGCGGCAGCAUCAUGUUCGGCGGGCGACGCGCUGGAGCGCUGGGCCUCGACGGGGCCAACGACAGCAGAGGCGAUGUCUCUGCUCCUUCAACACCCACUCACAACCAUGCACGAUCCAGCAGCACCAGCGUCGACCGCAUCGAGUCCUUGGCCGCCAGUGCCUCCAACCCCAACCUCGUGCCCCGCGCUCAGCCGCCACCCGACAUCCGCCUGCUAGCAUCCGACGUCGACAAGGAGUCCCAAAAGGUGAGAUCGCUCUAUGGAGUCGGCGAUGCCAUCAAUUGGGAGGAUGGCGCAAGGCGCUCGUACUGCGAACCCUUGGAGCCUACCCCAGAGCUCCCAGCAGAGGAAGAUGGGAAUGACUCCAUAAUACUGCCGCCACCCAUCCCUGUCUGGGGAACCCCGAGAUCCAUCAGGUCUACGAGCUCCUCGGUUCACCUUGACUAUAGGCGAGACACGGAGCUCGCUGGCGGCCUAGAAGACUGGGAAGAUGUUGACGGCGCCAGCGUCGAUCGAUAUGGCUUCAUCACCGCCCCCCGAUCACGGCUCGGCACGCCCACGGAGAUGAAGUCUGCCCAGUACUCGCCCAGGCGAAGGAAUAUGCUACAGAAGAGGGACUUGGCUGGCCUAUCUCCCUUGGGCCCGAGCAGGAAGAUGUCCGCCAGGUCACUCAACACCCAAGCCUCGGAACUAUCUACCGCCUCGAAACGAUCUUCGCGAUCCGUCAUCCGGCAGGCUAGCAAUCUGCUACCACAUAACCGAGAUCGGCGAUGGUUAGACGAGGCUGGCGACAUGCUGACGCUUCCAACAAGCCUCCAAGAUGCCGCAGAGGAAGCCCAUAUAGAGAGGAUAUCAGAAACACUGAAGCGCAAGGAGUGGGAGAGGUCAGAGAAGUGGCGUAAGAUGGCCAAGGUUGUCCGAAGGGGCGGCCAGGGCGAAGGCAUGGAGUUUGAGUUUGACAGGAAGAACCCUAAGCUCAUUGAGCGAACAUGGAAAGGCAUUCCCGAUCGCUGGCGUGCGGCCGCGUGGUGGUCCUUUCUUGCCAGCUCUGCUACGGAACACGGGGUCCACGCGGUUGAAGAGGAGAUUGUUGCAUCGUUCCAUCGACUGCUGGAGCAAAGCUCGCCGGAUGAUGUGCAGAUUGACCUCGACGUGCCCCGAACCAUUAGCCGACACAUCAUGUUUCGCAAAAGGUACCGCGGCGGCCAGCGGCUUCUGUUCCGCGUGCUGCACUGCCUGUCCAUCUUCUUUCCAGAAACAGGCUACGUCCAGGGUAUGGCGUCAUUGGCAGCAACGCUUCUCUGCUACUUUGACGAAGAGAAGUGCUUCGUUAUGCUGGUGCGCAUGUGGCAGCUACGAGGGCUCGAUCGCCUCUAUCGCCCAGGCUUCGAGGGCCUGAUGAAGGCGCUGCAUGAGUUUGAUGAAACUUGGCUGAAUAAGGACGUGGCCAAGAGGCUGACCGAGCUCAGCGUAGACAUAACGGCAUACGGUACACGUUGGUACCUUACCCUCUUCAACCUCUCCAUCCCAUUUCCAGCCCAGCUGCGAGUAUGGGAUGUCUUUCUCCUGCUGGGAGAUAGCGCGGCCGAGGCGAACAUUGUUACGCAAGUUGACGACAGCGAAGCAAGUCCGGCAACAGGACUCGACAUUUUGCACGCCACGAGCGCUGCCUUGAUCCAGGCCCUCCGUGAGGUGCUCCUGGACUCGGACUUCGAAAACGCCAUGAAGGCCUUGACGUCAUGGAUUCCCAUCAAGGAUGAGGAUCUCUUGAUGAAGGUGACCAAAGCCGAAUGGAAGUCACACCAAGGCAAGAAGAAGACGUAG